UCUGGUGCCAGGACUGUGCUUGCGAAUCGCAGUCGCAUCCUUCCGAAGACGGGUUGGUGAACUCGCGUGUUCCACUCACGAGAGCAAACAUCUUUGACCAGAUCGAUCCUCAAGACAUGGAGGGUCAGGAGCUGCCCUGUGUGCUAAUUGACUGCAUCGGAGGGAAGCAUGGGGUAUACGAAGACCAUGCUGAAUUUCUAAAGGAACGUUUCUGUCUCAUCACCAUGAAAGAAUAUCUUGAAAACAAGAGCUUUCUUGGCAAAAAGAUCAGAGCUAUUUAUAUGUGGUAUCACAAACCGGUUAUUAAUGAGGAGCUGCUGCAGAGCCUGCCUAACCUGAAGAUAGUUGCAAGCUCUGGAGCGGGAGUAGAUCACUUGGAUCUGAAUCUCCUCUCCAGCUAUGGUGUGAAAGUGUCUAACACUCCAUCGAUUGUUUCCACUGACACUGCAGACCUGGGGAUGGCUUUGAUGCUGGCAUCUUCCAGGAGACUUGUGGAAGGCUAUCAAAUGGCAAUAUCCCCUGACACUGAAUAUUUCCCUGCCAACUGGCUGGGUGCUGAGGUUUCUGGAGCUACUCUAGGCAUCGUUGGAAUGGGCGCCAUUGGCUACAAAGUGGCUGAGAGAGCCAAAGCCUUUGAGAUGAAAAUUUUAUACCACAACAGGAAACAGAGAAACAAGGAAGAAGAACGUGCUGUUGGAGCUACCUACUGUAAGAAGAUAGAUGACUUGCUCCAGCAGGCAGAUUUUGUGAUGCUGGCUGUGAAACUGACACCUCAGACACACAAACUGAUUGGGAAGAGGGAGCUACAGCUGAUGAAACCCACAGCCAUUCUCAUUAAUAUCAGCAGAGGUCUGGUUGUUGAUCAGGAUGCUUUGGUGGAGGCUCUCCAAAACAAAGUUAUUAAGGCAGCUGCUCUGGAUGUGACCUAUCCUGAACCUUUGCCAAGGGAUCACCCUCUGUUACAGAUGAAGGAUGUUCUCCUAACUCCUCACAUCGGAAGCGCCACCGUCAAGACGCGCCACCUGAUGAAGGAAAACAUGACGGAGAGCAUAGAGGCAGGGCUCGCGGGUCUUCCCAUCCCUAAUGAAGUACUGCUGUGAAGCGACUUGCAUUUCACCUUAACGCCGCUGGCGGUUACCGAGAGCGAGGAAACGAGGCUGAGAACCUUUCCCUGCAAUUCACGGGGGUACGCGACACCGAUACGAUGUGGAAGCGCAACUUUAACUGAUGCUCACUUGUGGUUUAAAUGCUUUUAGUUAAAUACAAAAGCUGCCUCUGUGUGGAAAA